AUGACCGUCUACCAUGUUGUCAUCUUCAAGUUCAAGACCCUCGUCCCCGAAGAUGAGGUGCAAGCUGCCUGUGACCGCAUGCUAGCCCUGGGGACACAAUGCGUGCACCCCAAAAGCGGCAAGCCAUACGUCAAAGUCCACGGCGGAGGGCGUGACAACAGCAAGGAGGGGUUGCAGCAAGGCAUGACACACCCGUUCAUAUUUGAGUUUGAGAACGAGGAGGACAGGGACUACUAUGUUGACGACGACCCGGCACACAUCAAGUUCAAGGAUAGCCUGACAGAUGUCGUGGAUAAGGUCCAUGUGCAUGAUUUCUCGCCUGGCAAGUUCUGA